AUGAACGCCUUUCCGCCAGAGCUGCUUCUGCAUCACUUUGCGUGCAUGGUGGUAGCUGGACUUACACCACCGUCCAAAUCCUCCCCGUCUACCACGGCAGCUGCAGCAGCGUCUUCGAAUUCUGGCGGACCAUCGUCAUCAACUCCAAUCAACACGGCUUCCGAUGCGUCCGCACCGGGUGCAGCUUCAGAUCAUCCGACCGUGGUGUUUCCGGAUCUGACGAGAUCUGUGCACGAGAUUCUGGCUUCCAGAGCGCGCAACACGCUCUGGGACCCUUCGCGAGGCCGAGCAGCUGUCUUUCACACCGUGUUUGCCGACCACAAUGUUCGUCUACCGCCACUCAAGACCAAGCCAUCAGCUCGACACGUUCCACCGAUACCUUCUGUCACCACAGGCUCUCCGUCUUCGCCUUGCGAAGCGGCCAUCGCUGCGUUUUCAGCGCUGCCUCCACGAUCUCCGUUGUCACCACUGCAUCCGAACUCUCCGCAGUUCCCAGACGGCCUCAUCGCUCCCGUGUGGGUUCGCAAGCAUCGCGAACUCAUCCCUGCGGUGUUUGUCGCAUUCCACUGCCUUGUCUCCGCGUCGGACAUGGAACAUGUUCGAAUCGCCGACGAGGCGCUCAUCAAGACUAUCGCCGAUCGAAGGCGCUCGCUCGCCGAACGCGGCAUCAAGCUCACCAUCGUGCUCCUGACGCAGCGCGAGAUGCUGGACGAUGCGCAGCUCGACGCAAGGCUCAGUUUCGUCAGAAGGAGCAGCGGCUUAGAUUCCAAGGCGAGUCUGUUCGUCUUGACGCCCGUUACCAAGCCCGAGCUGGCAGAAUUUGUGUCGAGCUUGCAUGGUGCGCUUUUCGAGUCGGCGGCGGAUUACUACAGGGAGCACGCCAGACGCGUCAAGCGAAAACGCACACGCUACCCACCACCUGCCUCGACGCUACACCCUCUGGUGACGGCGCUUGGAACGCUUCCGUCGGCUUUGGCGAGCGCAAAGACGUUGACGGCCAACGACAUCAGCUGGCUCAGUCGCCAAGGAUGGAUUGUGCGAAGCGAGUAUAAGCUCGCCGUGUUCGCCGAGCUCGCAGGCGACAUGCACGAGGCAGCGUUGCGGUACAGGGAAGCGUAUGAUCUGCUGUGCAACUCGCCGACGUGUCUGUUGGGUAGUACGCUCAUGUUGCCGCCGCGUACAAAACGGUGGGCCGAGGCAAAGGUGUUGGCAGAUACGCUCAGCGUACGAAUCUGCAAGCUUCUGCUGUACGCCGAUGAUGGUCAAGGCGCCGCUGUGUUCUUUCGCAGACACCUGGCAAGGUUCACGGACUUGAGCACCGGGUGGGGGAUUGGCGCGAUCACGUUUGAAUACUGGUCCUGGCUCGCCAAGCAGUACCGCAUGUUUGGCGAGCUCGUUGAGCACGCAACGCGCGCUGUGCCGUCGUCGCCACUUGCACCGUUCCAGUUGCCCAUGCAUGCACCACCUUUGCCAUCGCGCCUUAUCCACCCGGACGCACUGCCGCGCUUCUCGGACGGCAGAGGUGGCGUCGUCGCCCCGCCUGGGCUGCUCCUACCCAACUCGAACGCCGUCUCUGUAUCCGCAAACACUUGCACCGUCCUUCAAACGCCGGGCGCCUACUACUACCUGGCAGCGCUAUGCACCGUCGAGCGGCGACAACGCUUCCUGAGCGCGAGUGCGGCUUCUACCACAACUCAAGACGACUCGGACUCGAGCCCACUCUCGCACGAGCGCAAGGUAGACCACACUGCGCAGCUCACCGAAUCGCUCACCAAGGCGUACGACUCUUUCAAACGAAACCGACUUUACCGCUGCGCGCUGUUGGUUGCUGCUCGCAUCGCGACCGCGUACCACGAUGGCGGGCAGAACGAAAUGGCACUCAAAUUCCUCGAGAGGAUACUCAAGAGUUAUGCCAAGGACGAGGUGCACUGCGUAAGGGCAGGCUUGGUUGAGACGGCGGUACAGGCGGCGAUUGGCGCGGCAGACAGAACAAGUGCGAUGAAAAUGCUGAUCGAAGUGCUGGACCCAACUCUGCCGAUCGAGAUGCACAACAGGGACAAGAUGGUGAGUGCGCUCAAAACGUUUUUGGGCCACGCGCAUGGUGAGGCUGGUGAUAUGCCAGAUGCGGAGCAAGGCCAAGAUGAGGAAAGCACCAUCACUGUACCAGCCAGAUUCCUGCACAUGGACACGGCGUUUCCAGCGGCCCAAGUCGAGUUUGGCGCCCAGGUGCCGUUCCAAGUGGUGAUCCGCAACGCUCAUCCGUCGUUCGACCUCGCACAGCUGUUCACAGCCGAACUGGUGACGUUGUACUUUUCCAACGGCCAACACACUCACGAGUCGGCGGUUGAGAUCGAUUCCUGCAACGAUGCCGACGGUGGCAGUUGUGAUCCGUUGAUUGUGGAUCUGGGCUCACUCGACCUCACCUCUACGCCGUUGCAGCCGAUCCGAGCCGAUUUGGAUGCAUUGUUGAAACCGAAAAGUGGUACGAUUGCGUUUCAGGGACAUAUCAAGGCGUCGCAUGCGGGCGCUAUCUCGGUGGCGCGAGUUAGUGUGCACCUUGCCUGUGCAAAGUGGAAACUGCAACUGGAUGUGUUGCCGGUCCGCGAAGCGGUGCUUGACUCGGACACGGCUGAAAGUGGUCUCAACACCGCGCGUUGGCUGCUGGCCAGUAAGCGGAGCGUCAAGCUGGCGCAACGGCAGAAUCCGUCGGUCACGUACGUGCGGCCUAAACGCUUCAACGUGUCGCUCGCGCUGGCGACGCCGACGGGUAGCCUGUACAUCGACGAACGGAUUGCGUUGACGGUGCGUGUGAGCAAUCACGAAGACGUGCCGGUGCAGGUAUGGAUCGAUGCGCGCUUGCAGCCUAGCUACGAUGGUGGAUUGGACACACUGAUGGUCUCGCACGACGACGCCCGAGAGGCGAAUGGCGACAAGAAACAGAGCGUAGAGCUGUUGUCAUUGGGAUCCGUGGAUGCUGGCGGCAAGGUGGAGCGGAAGAUUUGGCUAACGGCGAGACAGGCGAGUGGGGUGCGUGUGGUCAAUGUGACUGUGCGAGUGGCGGGUGUGGGGGAUGUGGAUGCCGAGACGGUCGAGGUGGCGACGAGCAGCAGUUGCAGCAUUGGUGUGCACAAGGCGUUUGAAUGUGUGGCGUGGAUCAAGCGGGGUGGCGCGCAAGCGCGGGGGCGAGAAAAGGGUCUGUUGGAAUUCGACGAUCCAGAGGAGGAGGAGGAGACAGUGAAGGUGGGACUGGAUGUCGAGAUGGUGGGUGAGCAAGCGGUGACGGUAUCGAAAGUCGAGGUGGUGUGUGAUGGAGAGAUGUUGGUUGCAGAAGAAGAUGCGUUGGGCGAGUGGAUGCCGAAUGAUCGGUUUAGCUUCGUGCGCGCUCUCGCUGUGCAUGCACCACCGAUUGGGUGGCGUAUCACUUGGUCGCGCGCGAUAAGCGACGAGGUGCAUUCGACGAUGAUCGCGUUUAGCGACUUGUCUGGACGCUCUGAUGGUGCAUUGACAGCUCGAGCCUGGCUAAACGUAACGCUCUCGUACGCGACGUCGGCGAGGCUGCUGAUGCCGCUUCCUGUGCAUGUGACGCUGCACAACACACAUGCUUGGCACUCUCUGUCGGUGCUACUGACACUGGACAGUGACGCACACUUUACGCUCGCUGCGACGCGUCAUCUGUGCAUCCCGUACGUGCUGCCUGGGCAACAACUCGAUCUCACGCACUUUGCAAGGCUCACUCCACAGCAGCUAGGCACGUUUGCGCUCCCCGUCAUCGGCGUACGCGUCCUAGACCGCAACGACCCGACGCUCAGCCGGCUCGCAUCCACCUCGCUUUCCAACACCGACAAGAGCGAUGCACAUGACGGCAGCGUACCGGGCUCUGCGCAGCCAACCGGCGUGCUGUUCACGUAUGCUCGCGUCGGUUCGCACAGCCAUGUAGACGAUACGUCGAUCCUGCCCAGCAUCGCCGUCUCGCUGUAA